CGCUCUUCUCCCUCCCCCCACCGUCCCUCGCCAUGGCCUCCAUCGACGAGCGCGAGCCUCUCCUCUCCGCACAGCCCAACCUCGCCCGCGACACCGAUGUCGGCGAGCACGCAGCCAAGGAUGCGCACCACCGCCGCGCAACCACGGUGCGCGCCGUCGUCUACGGUGUCGUCACGGCCGCCUUCAUCGUUGCCAUCGCCUGCAUGCUGUUCUUCUGGGACAAGAUCGGACACGCAGUAGGUGCGCUUCCGGGGAACCCGGAUGACGCAGCGAGGAGGCUCCUGCAGUCUGCGCCCGUCAUCGACGGACACAUCGAUCUGCCAGAGUUUGCGCGCACGGUAUACGGCAACAAUAUCUCUGCAUUUGACCUCAACCAGCCCACCCUCGGCCAUGUUGAUAUCCCCCGUCUCAAACAGGGGCAAGUAGGCGGAUUCUUCUGGUCUGUAUACACUGCAUGUCCCGCCCACGCGGGCCUCGACGACGGCGAGGAUUUCUUGAAUUCUACAUGGCGUGUACGGGACACGCUUGAGCAGAUAGAUGUUGCAAAGCUGCUUAUCGAGAGAUACUCAGACACCUUUCAGCUCGCAUUGACCACGGAUGAUGUAAAAUAUGCAGCCAAGCAGGCUAAAAUCGCGAGCUUGCUCGGCGUGGAGGGAGGACACCAGCUCGGAAACUCCCUUGCGGUGCUGCGCCAAUACUACGAGCUCGGUGUGCGCUACGUGACGCUCACGCACAUGUGCAACAACGCCUUUGCCGACUCCGGCGGAUACCUCGAGCCCAUCAAGACGAAGUGGGGCGGACUCAGUCCCAUCGGCUACAAGCUGAUUGAGGAGAUGAACCGCUUGGGCAUGCUUGUCGACCUCAGCCACACGUCAGACGAUACUGCGCGGCAGGCGCUGAAGCACACCAAGGCACCCGUCAUCUGGUCGCACUCGUCUGCGCGCGCGGUGCACCCAAUCGCGCGGAAUGUGCCGGACGACGUCCUCGAGAUGGUUGGCACGUCGGAGGACAAGGUGGAUGCGGUCAUCAUGGUGAACUUCGCACCGCAGUUUGUCGCGCCCCCGGGUAAGGCGGAUGUGAAGGCCGUCGCGGACCACAUUGACCACAUUGCGAGCAUCACCGGGAAGCAGCACGUCGGCCUCGGUAGCGACUACGACGGCAUCGAUUCGACGCCGGUUGGGCUUGAGGACGUCUCCAAGUACCCUGCACUCAUCGCGGAGAUGUACAGCCGCGGGUGGAACCGCUUCGACCUCGCGGGCCUGACGAGUCGGAACUUGCUGCGCGUCAUGGCGGGGGCGGAGCGCGCUGCUGCAGAGCUGCGUGCAGCGGGUGCGACGCCUGCGAUGGAUGUGUAUGACAAGCGAACGGACCUGCCGAGGAGGCAGGAAUUUUGAGCAUGUCGCUGAGAGAAGGCGAAGAAGGCAGGCGCCAUUGGCCACCAGCCAUGACUAAGACUUGAAGCAGAGAGGCUCGACUGAGACACCCGCGAAACCCCGCACCACAUGCAGCUCCCGUUGGUCUGUGUUUUGUGUUCUCCUUGUUUUUACUUAUGAUGAUACUGCUGUUGCAUGCUGCGAUUCGAUAUGUAUUGGCAUGACGAGCAAGAUGCUACAAACACGUAGUUCUGUUGUCGGUUCUAGCUAUCUAUUCUGUUACAUCG